AUGGGUCUCUUCAAAAAGUCAAAAGAAGCUGUUGCCAUUUCGCACGAUCCCCUCGUCACAUACACCAUCAACCAGAACCUCGCGGGCAAACUCACAGUCACAUCCUCCUCGCCCAAUGCCUACGCCUACUCCAUCACAAUCGCGAGCAAGAAGUCCUGGCGCGACACUAUCGAAGUCGCAAUCCACCGCUCGCUCAACGCAACAUACCAGCAACAUGCCGACGUCGUGGGAAGCUGUCUGAUCCAGACAAGUUCAGCAAAGUUCACGAAAGUCACUUUCGACGCGUAUGGGCAGGACAUCAAGCUGGAAAAGAGCACCGGCGUGUUAAAAGGCACGCCUCUAUUAACACUCCUUGUGCCGUGCCUGUGCUGA